ACCGCCCCCUCCCCACCCACUCCCGCUGCCCCGUCCGGCCCGCGUCGCUUCCUCGCAGCAGCUGCUCCCGGCUCCGCGGCCGCAGCCCGCGUGGACGCUCCGAGCGCCCCCCGACGGACGGGACCGGCUCCCUGGCGGUCGGGCGAGCGGGCGGCAACGCUGCCCGGCCGGCAGCGCUGGGGUUAAGUGGCCCAAGUAAACCUAGCUCGGCGAUCGGCGCCGGAGAUUCGCGAGCCCAGCGCCCUGCACGGCCGCCAGCCGGCCUCCCGCCAGCCAGCCCCGACCCGCGGCUCCGCCGCCCAGCCGCGCCCGAGCCAGCCCUGCGGCAGGAAAGCAUGAAGGGAGACACCAGGCAUCUCAAUGGAGAGGAGGACGCCGGCGGGAGGGAAGACUCGAUCCUCGUCAACGGGGCCUGCAGCGACCAGUCCUCCGACUCGCCCCCAAUCCUGGAGGCUAUCCGCACCCCGGAGAUCAGAGGCCGAAGAUCAAGCUCGCGACUCUCCAAGAGGGAGGUGUCCAGUCUGCUAAGCUACACGCAGGACUUGACAGGCGAUGGCGACGGGGAAGAUGGGGAUGGCUCUGACACCCCAGUGAUGCCAAAGCUCUUCCGGGAAACCAGGACUCGUUCAGAAAGCCCAGCUGUCCGAACUCGAAAUAACAACAGUGUCUCCAGCCGGGAGAGGCACAGGCCUUCCCCACGUUCCACCCGAGGCCGGCAGGGCCGCAACCAUGUGGACGAGUCCCCCGUGGAGUUCCCGGCUACCAGGUCCCUGAGACGGCGGGCAACAGCAUCGGCAGGAACGCCAUGGCCGUCCCCUCCCAGCUCUUACCUUACCAUCGACCUCACAGACGACACAGAGGACACACAUGGGACGCCCCAGAGCAGCAGUACCCCCUACGCCCGCCUAGCCCAGGACAGCCAGCAGGGGGGCAUGGAGUCCCCGCAGGUGGAGGCAGACAGUGGAGAUGGAGACAGUUCAGAGUAUCAGGAUGGGAAGGAGUUUGGAAUAGGGGACCUCGUGUGGGGAAAGAUCAAGGGCUUCUCCUGGUGGCCCGCCAUGGUGGUGUCUUGGAAGGCCACCUCCAAGCGACAGGCUAUGUCUGGCAUGCGGUGGGUCCAGUGGUUUGGCGAUGGCAAGUUCUCCGAGGUCUCUGCAGACAAACUGGUGGCACUGGGGCUGUUCAGCCAGCACUUUAAUUUGGCCACCUUCAAUAAGCUCGUCUCCUAUCGAAAAGCCAUGUACCAUGCUCUGGAGAAAGCUAGGGUGCGAGCUGGCAAGACCUUCCCCAGCAGCCCUGGAGACUCAUUGGAGGACCAGCUGAAGCCCAUGUUGGAGUGGGCCCACGGGGGCUUCAAGCCCACUGGGAUCGAGGGCCUCAAACCCAACAACACGCAACCAGUGGUUAAUAAGUCGAAGGUGCGUCGUGCAGGCAGUAGGAAAUUAGAAUCAAGGAAAUACGAGAACAAGACUCGAAGACGCACAGCUGACGACUCAGCCACCUCUGACUACUGCCCCGCACCCAAGCGCCUCAAGACAAAUUGCUAUAACAACGGCAAAGACCGAGGGGAUGAAGAUCAGAGCCGAGAACAAAUGGCUUCAGAUGUUGCCAACAACAAGAGCAGCCUGGAAGGUGGCUGUUUGUCUUGUGGCAGGAAAAACCCCGUGUCCUUCCACCCUCUCUUUGAAGGGGGGCUCUGUCAGACAUGCCGGGAUCGCUUCCUUGAGCUGUUUUACAUGUAUGACGACGAUGGCUAUCAGUCUUACUGCACUGUGUGCUGCGAGGGCCGAGAGCUGCUGCUUUGCAGCAACACGAGCUGCUGCCGGUGCUUCUGUGUGGAGUGCCUGGAGGUGCUGGUGGGCACAGGCACAGCGGCCGAGGCCAAGCUUCAGGAGCCCUGGAGCUGCUACAUGUGUCUCCCGCAGCGCUGUCAUGGCGUCCUGCGGCGCCGGAAGGACUGGAACGUGCGCCUGCAGGCCUUCUUCACCAGUGACACGGGGCUUGAAUACGAAGCCCCCAAGCUGUACCCUGCCAUUCCCGCAGCCCGAAGGCGGCCCAUUCGAGUCCUGUCAUUGUUUGAUGGCAUCGCGACAGGCUACCUAGUCCUCAAAGAGUUGGGCAUAAAGGUAGGAAAGUACGUCGCCUCUGAAGUGUGUGAGGAGUCCAUUGCUGUUGGAACCGUGAAGCACGAGGGGAAUAUCAAAUACGUAAACGACGUGAGGAACAUCACAAAGAAAAAUAUUGAAGAAUGGGGCCCAUUUGACUUGGUGAUUGGCGGAAGCCCAUGCAACGAUCUCUCAAAUGUGAAUCCAGCCAGGAAAGGCCUGUAUGAGGGUACAGGCCGGCUCUUCUUCGAAUUUUACCACCUGCUGAAUUAUUCACGCCCCAAGGAGGGUGAUGACCGGCCGUUCUUCUGGAUGUUUGAGAAUGUUGUAGCCAUGAAGGUUGGCGACAAGAGGGACAUCUCGCGGUUCCUGGAGUGUAAUCCAGUGAUGAUUGAUGCCAUCAAAGUUUCUGCUGCUCACAGGGCCCGAUACUUCUGGGGCAACCUACCCGGGAUGAACAGGCCCGUGAUAGCAUCAAAGAAUGAUAAACUCGAGCUGCAGGACUGCUUGGAAUACAAUAGGAUAGCCAAGUUAAAGAAAGUACAGACAAUAACCACCAAGUCGAACUCGAUCAAACAGGGGAAAAACCAACUUUUCCCUGUUGUCAUGAAUGGCAAAGAAGAUGUUUUGUGGUGCACUGAGCUCGAAAGGAUCUUUGGCUUUCCUGUGCACUACACAGAUGUGUCCAACAUGGGCCGCGGUGCCCGCCAGAAGCUGCUGGGAAGGUCCUGGAGCGUGCCUGUCAUCCGACACCUCUUCGCCCCUCUGAAGGACUACUUUGCAUGUGAAUAGUUCCAGCCAGGCCCCAAGCCCACUGGGGUGUGUGGCAGAGCCAGGACCCAGGAGGUGUGAUUCCUGAAGGCAUCCCCAGGCCCUGCUCUUCCUCAGCUGUGUGGGUCAUACCGUGUACCUCAGUUCCCUCUUGCUCAGUGGGGGCAGAGCCACCUGACUCUUGCAGGGGUAGCCUGAGGUGCCGCCUCCUUGUGCACAAUUCAGACCUGGCUGCUUGGAGCAGCCUAACACGGUGCUCAUUUUUUCUCCUCCUAAAACUUUAAAACUUGAAGUAGGUAGCAACGUGGCUUUUUUUUUUUUUCCCUUCCUGGGUCUACCACUCAGAGAAACAAUGGCUAAGAUACCAAAACCACAGUGCCGACAGCUCUCCAAUACUCAGGUUAAUGCUGAAAAAUCAUCCAAGACAGUUAUUACAAGAGUUUAAUUUUUGAAAACUGGCUACUGCUCUGUGUUUACAGACGUGUGCAGUUGUAGGCAUGUAGCUACAGGACAUUUUUAAGGGCCCAGGAUCGUUUUUUCCCAGGGCAAGCAGAAGAGAAAAUGUUGUAUAUGUCUUUUACCCGGCACAUUCCCCUUGCCUAAAUACAAGGGCUGGAGUCUGCACGGGACCUAUUAGAGUAUUUUCCACAACGAUGAUGAUUUCAGCAGGGAUGACGUCAUCAUCACAUUCAGGGCUAUUUUUUCCCCCACAAACCCAAGGGCAGGGGCCACUCGUAGCUAAAUCCCUCCCAGUGACUGCAAUAGAACCCUCUGGGGAGCUCAGGAAGGGGUGUGCUGAGUUCUAUAAUAUAAGCUGCCAUAUAUUUUGUAGACAAGUAUGGCUCCUCCGUAUCUCCCUCUUCCCUAGGAGAGGAGUGUGAAGGAAGGAGCUUAGAUAAGACACCCCCUCAAACCCAUUCCCUCUCCAAGAGACCUACCCUCCACAGGCACAGGUCCCCAGAUGAGAAGUCUGCUACCCUCAUUUCUCAUCUUUUUACUAAACUCAGAGGCAGUGACAGCAGUCAGGGACAGACAUACAUUUCUCAUACCUUCCCCACAUCUGAGAGAUGACAGGGAAAACUGCAAAGCUCGGUGCUCCCUUUGGAGAUUUUUAAAUCCUUUUUUAUUCCAUGAGAAGUCGUUUUUAGGGAGAACGGGAGUUCAGACAAGCUGCAUUUCAGAAAUGCUGUCAUAAUGGUUUUUAACACCUUUUACUCUUCUUACUGGUGCUAUUUUGUAGAAUAAGGAACAACGUUGACAAGUUUUGUGGGGCUUUUUAUACACUUUUUUUAAAAUCUCAAACUUCUAUUUUUAUGUUUAACGUUUUCAUUAAAAUUUUUUUGUAACUGGAGCCACGACGUAACAAAUAUGGGGAAAAAACUGUGCCUUGUUUCAACAGUUUUUGCUAAUUUUUAGGCUGAAAGAUGACGGAUGCCUAGAGUUUACCUUAUGUUUAAUUAAAAUCAGUAUUUGUCUAUAA